GCUCUAAAGUUACGACUCCAUUUUGUUUAGCAAGACGUGUGAUUCUCUUCACGUUUACGGUUUUUAGCGGCCAAAAUAAUGGGCCGAGUUCCAUUUUUUCGCCUAAAAAAUGGCUUAGAAAUCCGCCGGAUUUUGAAUGGGAUGUGGCAGGUUUCGGGACAACACGGUCCAAUCAACGCGAACAAGGCUUCGCGUGCAAUGGUGGACUACUUUGACGCAGGAUUGACAACUUUCGAUAUGGCGGAUAUCUACGGACCUGCAGAGGACAUCUUCGGCGAGUUUUUAGAUGAUUUAAAGACUGAACGGGGUGAAGAAGUGGGAACAAAAGUUCAGGGUUAGUUAAUUACAAAAAUGAUCCGUAGUGGGAGAAAAAUAGCGCUCGGUUAUCACCUUCUGUAUAUGUAUGAUACCAGAAACUCAUAACCCCUUAUGAGUUUCUGAUGAUACAUAUACAGAAGGUGAUAAUUUCUUUGGGCUCCCUUCGCCUCUGAUUGUGGAUUGGUCCAAAAAGAAAUAGAUUUACUACGGAGGAUUUUCCUAAAAGCAAAUGAUUAGAGUGGUUACCCCGCCCUAACAGUUCUAUUAAAUCUCUGCUCAUUUUUUCAAGAUGUCAAUAAGGUCCCCUCCUUCACUGUUUUUAUUAUUAUUAUUAUUAUUAUUAUUAUUAUUAUUAUUGUUGUUGUUGUUGUUGUUGUUGUUAGUAUUACCCUUCCCUCCUGUAAAGUCUAAAGCUUCACCUGCAACCAACAUGAGCUGCAAAAAUUUGCCUGUGAAUGGCUUUAGAGAAAUCAUGGAGGAAUCUAAAUUCUGAUUGGCAAGGGGAAUGAGGUGAAUGAUGCAUCAUAUCUGUCUGAGAUGGAGAGGAGGGAUUUGGGGUAAGGAGGGUUACGUGUUUCUGGAUGUACCUACUUUUCCCGUGAACACAACUCCUAAUGUUAGCAGUCUCACUUGUGAAGUUCUUUGCGUGACGGAUUUGCAUUUUUUGGCCUGCUAGAAUUAAGUGCCUUGGGUUAAUUUUUCAGUGAGAAAACUUUACUUGUCACUCUUGAUUUCAGCAUUAACUAAAUGGGUUCCACAACAAGGCAAACCCCUGUCAAGAGAAAUCACCAAAGGACACGUGCGUCUUGCAAUGAAAAGGAUGGGUGUCGAAAAGCUGGACAUGCUGCAAUUUCAUUGGUGGGAUUACUCAGACAGUCGUUACAUCGAUGCACUUUGUUAUUUAAAUGAACUGAGGAUGGAGGGAUUAAUUGGAGAGCUCUCACUAACGAACUUUAACACGAGACAUCUACAGGAAAUUAUCAAAAGGGAAAUACCCAUAUCUACCAAUCAAGUGCAGUACUCAAUCAUUGAUCGACGGCCAGAGUCAAAGAUGGUCAAACUAUGUCGCCAGCAUGGAAUAAAGCUCUUAGCGUAUGGCACAUUGGGCGGAGGGCUAAUAUCUGAAAGAUAUCUUAAUGCAAAAGAGCCAAUCAUGAGAUCUGAACUGCAGACAGCAUCUCUUGCAAAGUAUAAGCAAAUGAUUGAUGCCUGGGGUACUUGGGAACUAUUUCAAGACCUUCUGUCUAACUUGUCUGACAUUGCAUUGGCUCACAACAGCACUGUAGCCAAUGUAGCUUGUCGCUAUAUUUUAGAUAAACCAGAAGUCGCUGGGAUAAUUAUUGGGUGCAGGUUUGGAGUACCUGAAGCAGAGCAUAUUGAAAGUAAUAUGAAAAUUCUUGAUCUCAAACUUACCACAAGUGAUGUGGAGAAACUAGAACAAACCCUUCGUAAAGGAGAGGAUUUGUUUGAAACAACAGGUGAUUGUGGCGAUGAGUAUAGAUAG